AUGGGGCCAGUCUUGGGGCGCAGUUCGUAUAUUGAUGACAUCGCGCAUGGGGCGGCCACGUGGGAUCAACUAUGCGGUGAUCUAGACGCGUUGCUCUAUCGGUUACGGUACUGGAGUAUCUCAGUUAGGUUGCCUAAGAGCGAGUUCGCGAAGCGUGUCAUACCAUACCUCUCCCAUGAGAUUGGUGCUGAAGAGAUACGUGCCACCCCGAAGAUCAUAAAAGGCAUUCAGGAGUUACCGUUUCCGUCUACCCUGAAAGGAGCCCAGUUAUUUCUAGGCAGCCUGAAUUACUACCAUAAAUUCAUUGAGAAUUAUGCCGUGAUAGCUGCUUCACUCUAUGAGCUGACCGACGACCAAGUGCGUGCAGGACGAGACUUAUCCCGAGCAAAGGAAUCUUUUGAGAUCCAGAAGAGGAAGAUUGUAUCUACACCUCUACUCAGACAUCCGGAUCGAACGAAACCUUUUGUGAUCAUCCCUCAUGCGAAUUAG